UUGAGCCUGAGCUUCCCCCUCACAGUAGACCAAGCAGGCUGAGAAGAAGCAGCUUCAUCUCCUGAUACCACCACUCUCUCUCUCCCUCUCUGACCCUCACUAUCCUCAGCAGCAAUGGGCAACGAUAACAGCUCAGCGAUAGACAACAUGCAGGCGGUGGAGAUCCAUCACUGGUACAAGAAGUUCAUGAAGGAGUGCCCGUCCGGACAGCUCACCCUGCAUGAGUUCAAGCAGUUCUUUGGAUUGAGGGGUUUGGACCCGGAAGCCAACGCCUACAUCGAGCAGAUGUUUCGCACCUUUGACAUGAACAAGGACGGCUAUAUCGACUUCAUGGAGUACGUUGCAGCUCUGAGUCUGGUGCUGCGUGGUAAGAUGGAGCAGAAGCUGCGCUGGUACUUCAAGCUCUACGACGUGGACGGCAACGGCUGCAUCGACCGCUACGAGCUCCUCAACAUCAUCAAGGCUAUCAGGGCGAUCAAUGGCUGUGAUCAGGUUUCAUCAGUGGAGGAGUUCACAAACAGAGUGUUUGACAAGAUCGACGUGAAUGGAGAUGGUGAGCUGUCCCUGGAUGAGUUUGUGGAGGGAGCCCGGAAAGACGAGGAGUUCAUGGAGGUGAUGAUGAAGAGCUUGGACUUGACCCACAUUGUCGCCAUGAUCCACAGCAGGAGACACAGUGUGUAA